GGUAGCACUGAACAUCAGCUGUCAACUGUCAUAUAUCCUACUUGUGACUUGUGAGAAAAAAUUGCAAAAAUAAACAUGACAAAAUAUAUUUAAAACAAGCAUAUACACAGAACUAUAGAAAAUGGAGAAUUCUCAUGUAAACGUGACUAUUAAUCAACCAAAAAAGGUACUACAUUUUAGUGACGGCGUAGAGGAAGAAAUGGAGGAGGAACACAUAAGCGAAGUUGAUUCGAAGCCGCCAGAACCAAAUGUUGACCCAAAACAAUUAACUUGGGGACCAUGGUUCUCGCAUUAUGCCUGGAAGUCUGGCACAAAAGUAUUAAAUGCAGUGGAUAGUGCAGGGGAAACAUUAGCCAGCUUAUUUGGCAUCACCACACCAAAAUAUCAAAUAGAAAUAAAUGAGUAUGAGAGAAUUAAAGAAGAGAAGAAGAAGUUGGAAGAAGAAUCGGCUGGUUGGGUGCCACAGAGUGCGGGUGGCGAUAUACCGUUAGUACUUAAUGAACCGUUAAAAGCAGGGGAGAGGAAUGGACAAGUUUAGACUAUAAAACAACUGCAGUGAUUAUAGAUAUGACUCACAUAUCCAGAUGACUCACACAUAUGUUCAUCCUCUAUAUUUAUUGUCACAAUCAAAUAUACAAGAAUGAUUAGUAAACAUUUGAGUAAGGAAACUCUAUGAUUGUAACAUUAUGGAAUUACAUUUUAAAUAUAACAGUAAUAUCUAUAUGUGAUAUUGGUUUAUUAAUAACAUUCUGAUGUAAAAUAAUUGUUUAUGUAUACUGUUUAUAAAGUGCGAAAAAAAAAUAUUUAGUGAUAAAAAAUUUGCUGUAUUGUAUCUAUGUAUUUUGAUAAAAUAUAUAAAUUUUACAUGUGGGUUUAUCAUAUGAUAUAGCAUAUCAAGUUUAUAGAAGAAUAAGAUUAUAAUAUUUCACUUGGCAAAUAAUCUGCCGUAAUAUAUUCGUUGAUUGAUAUUGUCUACAAUAUUCAUAUAAUUCAAAAAUGAUAAUUAAGUCAUUGUAUUUCUAAAUAAAAUGGCAAAAUUUUAUAUUUUGUGCUUAAUAUACUAGAUCAAACUGUCCUUUACACAACUUUUUACAGGAUCAGUUAUGAUUAAUUAAAUGGAUGAAUUGAGAUUUUUUAUACUUUUCAAAAUAUUCUAUGGUAUUGCUUGAUGUGUAAAUUUUUAAUUGAUAUAGUUUAGGAAUUACAAUAUUUAAAAAAAAAAAAACUUUAUGCAAUGGUUGCACCACUGCCUUACAAUU